AGAACCUUCACUACGCUCCAGGUGCAAGAAAAGUCAAUUUUGACAUUAACUUCAUACAAUAUUUAGUUCCAAAUUGGAUCGCGUUAGUAAAAAGUUGCAUGUGGAGCGUAGGUUUUGAACGUUCGCUUGGGUCUAUGUAAUGUAACUUUUUUAUUAAUCGUCUUGGACUAGCUAAGGUUUGGGACCAUACUGCCUCGAUACAUUGACUCACUUUACAAACCGAGCUGCUAAAACUAUUCAUCAUAAUUUUGUCGUUAAAGCCGUCUGCACAACUGAAGGAAGGAAUCUUUAAAAUAUAUGCUAUUCCCGUCAAGUGAAUGUGAGAACUUUACUUAAGUGUUCACUACACAUUUCGUGCCAAAUAAUCCAAGAAGAAGAGGAAGAAGAAACAUUGAAAUACGUCAUACCCACACACAAUACAUUGUAAUGUAAAAAAAGAAAUUAUUUAAACGAUGGCUGUUUGACUUUUGCUUUGCAUUUCACAAUAGAGAAGAAGGCUGAAGAACUUUGAAUCAUAUUGGUUUGUUGUUGUGAUUGAUUUCAUUCUUUAUUCUAUUCUAACCAAAGUAGAUAACAAACUAAGAAAUGAAGAAUGAAUACCGAAGAUGUUUUAUCACAGUAGGUACAACAAGGUUUGACCUUCUUGUUGAUACUUUGAUGACAGCUCCUGUAUUGAAUUCUUUGAAGAAAAUGGGUUGUAAAAUGAUAACCUUUCAAAUUGGCAAUAGCAACUUCCAGCCAGGUAUCUAUGAUAAAGAAGGUAUACAGAUUAAUGUUUUCAGAUUUAAGGACUCUAUCUUAGAAGACAUUAAGAGUGCAGACUUGGUUAUAAGUCAUGCUGGGGCUGGAAGUUGCCUUGAAACCUUGGAAGCUGGUAAACCCCUUCUAGUAGUUGUUAAUGAAGAAUUAAUGGAUAACCAUCAAUUAGAAUUGGCUGAGCAACUGCAAGUAGAUGGACAUUUAUAUUAUUGCACUUGUGCAACAUUAGAAACCACUCUGGAAAUGCUAGAUUUUAAUAUGUUGAAACCAUUUCCCAAACCAAACCAGACAAUGUUCUUAAAAUAUUUAGAUACUGCAUUACAAGUAAAGGCAAAAUCUAGCUGAAUGUGACAGUUUAAUCCUACUAAUAAUAUAAGUGUGAGUAUGUUACUCAAAACCUAUGUUGCACAACUACUAAACAGAUUUGGAUGAAUUUGGUAUGCAUAUAGUUAAUGACAUGGAUUGAAACAGUAUAUUUUCAGGAAAGUUAAUGCAAACUAAGUCGCAGGCAGCCAUUAGUUAUAGUUAUAAAUGACUUUCUUAUUUAUGGUUUGAUUGUGAGUGCUACUGAAUGAAUAGAUGAUUGUUUUGUCAGUGGGCCUCUCAAUAACACAUCCACAGUAUCAGCACUAUCACUAUUGGCAGUAACACAACCUCAAAUCACUAUUUACUUUAGUUUUUCAGGGCGGUUUCCGCACUUAGUCCUAAUCAUUGGACCAUUGUGCGUGUCUUGAAACAUUCCCGUUUACUCCAGCCAGCCUAGGUUAGUCCAGAAGGAAAGCAGUCUUGACAGACUGCUGCAAGCUUCCGGAAGCGAUGCGGGUGACUGGAGAAGUCGUGCCCGUUGGUCGGCCACACUCCUGCAUUCCAUAAUGACAUGUUGUGGCAUUUCCUCUGCCUCCAUACAUCCUCUGCAUAGGGGGCUGUCUGUUACUCCUAAUGUGUAUAGGUGCUUGUUCAGGGGACAGUGACCAGUCAGGGUUCCCAUAACUAUGCGGGGUUUGUCCCUAUUAAGUCUAGUAAGGGUGCGGGCAAGUCUCUUGUUUGCCUCCGGAACUGCAUUUUUCGUUUGCCGGCAUCCUUCACCUGUUUUCCCACUCAGUCAAUUGUAGUUUCUG